AUGUCCACCACCAGCACCUAUUCCCCGUUUCGCAUCUCGCCUAGAGAUCGCGAUAACUUGGACCGCAAUGAGGCCUUCAGGCUCGUAAGAGAGCACCUGAGGCGCCAGGAAUUGGGCAUGAAGGCUCCUAGCUUUUGCUCGUCUCACCGCCAUGACUGCACCAACCAAGAGCAGGAAACUUUCCGUCUUCACCGCGAUAUCAUCCAUACCAUUCUGCUCCCUCUAUUUUUGCUCCAUCACCAGGCGUCGCGUAUCGCGGCGAAUGUGCUGCCUAGUCACAAAGGAGCGGAGUGCGAACGGGCGUUUCGGGGCGAGGCGCGUGGCGCCUACGCUUGGCUGCAUUCCAUUCUUAGUGAAGAGCACGAUUGGUACUUGACCGAGCGUUGUCCCGCUUGUAUCGUUCUGCAUGUUAUGAAUUCGGAGCCGACCAUUCGUUUUGUGGCUGUGGCGUGCCUCCUGUCAGACCACCUGCAGGGCCUGGACCUGCCGAGCGCCAAGAGACGGCUGCCUAACUUCGACUUCUGGUACGAGUCGCUGGAGACAGCGGUGCGCGAGGAUACUUUCUGGGGCGAUGGCUUUUGGCCAGACAUCGAAUACCGCGCCUGUGCGCUGACCGAUGGUGUGAAGCAGUUGGUCCUGCAGUGUUUGGAGUUGCAGGCUGCUCUGAGUCGACAAGACCUGCAGCCCGAGACGUCGUACAGAUCCAACGCUCACUUUCGGUAUGAUUCGCCACGGCCUUCGGUUACAGUGAAGCAGUCCAGCUGCACGCAGAUGCCCGUCGUGUCCGAGGAGGACCAGAAGCUCUUUGCCAAGGCUAGCGCCAAUCGCUACCAGAAUUCUCGCUGGAAUGAACGGCCGCAGAGAUUUCACACUCGCAGACACGCUGAUGCUCGGAGAAGAUCCGUAACUUCUUAAAGUAUUUGGGAGGGGCUUGUGUCAGCGACCAAGCCAUGUGAAUUCUAUAUAACAGGCUUUUUUUGUCUUGGGAUUAGUCGCUACCAACGGUCUGCCGAUCAUUAUACAACAUGCUGGGGUCGACAGCCUAUAUGGAGUGAUCUCCCAAUCCGAUGAUUCUCUCGGUCAGCUCAUGAAAUUGGUAACAUGACUGGGCUGACUCGAGUGAGUUGCCACGGUCUCACUACGCCAUCAGUGGCAUGCUACUCCGAAUGGAAGCAGCUGAGCACCAUUGAAUG